AUGUAUAACACCUUUAUCCACACUGGUGGCAUCAGUUUGUGUUCAGAUGUUAUUCGUGAGUAUCAUCUGAUAAACACGGCUAAGUCCUGGAAUGAUGCCCAGAGUUACUGCAGGGCGAACUACACUGACCUCGCUACCAUUGGCAACAGCAAAGACAUGAAGACGGUGGUGAGCAAGACGGCAGCCAGCGGUGUGACAAGAGAGAUCUGGAUUGGUCUGACAGAAACCAGAGCAUCGUCCUGGCUCUGGUCUGUGGGAGAAACUGAGACCAGCUCCGGAGUAGUUGAAAACACUAACUGGGCACCAGAAAAGGGGUCCGGUGAAUUUCCUCUUCUUGUUGUUUCUGAACCAAAGACUUGGAAGGAAGCCCAAGAGUACUGUCGAAAGAAUAGCAAAGACUUGGCCAGUGUGAGGAGCCAAGCUGAAAAUCUGGAAAUACAGGAAAUAUUCAACGAUGACGACGACGACGACGACAUUAAAUCUGUCUGGAUUGGUUUGUUCAAAGAUAAGUGGACAUGGUCAGACCAGAGUGGCAGCUCGUUCAGACACUGGCAGAGCAGCCAGCCAAAUAAUGAUGGAGAUUGUGCAAUAUACAGCCCCAAAUCAAAGUCAUGGUAUGACAGAAACUGUAAAUACAAAUGGCCAUUUUACUGCUACAAUGAUCCAAACCAGGAAUGA